CACGCUGUAGGACUGUGACAGUGUGUGUCAUCUGAGUGUGUCAUCACUUGUAAAAUUUCAUUGAGCGUUAACUCAAGAUCACAACGUUUAGAUUGACUAAUGGCAUCUGUUUUACCGUGUUUUACUAUCGGAAAAGUUGUUCAGGGGUUCGGCAGAGGUAGCAGGCAGCUGGGUAUACCGACAGCAAAUUAUGCAGAGGACGUAGUAAAGAAUCUGCCGGAGACAUUGGAUUGUGGUGUGUAUUAUGGCUGGGCACAAGUCGACAAUGGAGACGUCCACAAAAUGGUGAUGAAUAUAGGAUGGUGUCCUUUCUACAGAAACAAGUUGAAGUCAAUGGAAACCCAUAUUCUUCACGAUUUUGCCGAGGAUUUUUAUGGCUCAACUUUGAAGACCCUAUUACUAGGUUACAUUCGUCCAGAGAAGAGCUUUGAUGGUUUAAACGAUCUUAUAACUGCAAUCAAGAAUGACAUUGCCCAAGCUAAGACACUACUAGAUCUACCAGCGGCACACCAAUAUAAGGGUAGUAAUUUUUUUAGAAAUGGUUUCACCCAUUCCCUCUUAUAGCAUAGAUAGUUGUACAGAUAGGUAGGUUUUACCUAGUAAAGUUUAUUGUUAAUGACCAAGUUAACUGGCUUCGACAUUCGAGAGAGUGUCAAGUACACUAAAAGGAGCAAACGAUCAUGCGUGUUUCACAAGUAGUGCAUUAACUAAAAGUGUAGCUAUAAUGUAAAUAGUUGGAAUGUAGAGUAUAAUAGUAGUCAAUUGUCCACCACAUCCAACUUGAUAAAGUACAUGUAUACUAUACUAUCUUAGCCAUGCACCUGAAAAUGCCUGUGAUCAAGAAGUGUAUAUUUAUCAAAUAGAUUGCUUGGAGUAUAUUUCUUAAGACGAUGUGCUUUGUAGAUACAGGCAUUAGUGUAUAUGAGGUUGGUGUGAAUGUUUAUUUAUUAUGCUUGGCAUAAAUAUCUAUGAACAAUAUCUAGAUCCAUGCUAGAUACCCACCCUUCUGUGUGUAUUCUUCUGUAUUAGUUGGAGUAGAGUUUAGUAGCCUACCUACGCACAAUAUUGCACGUUUGUAGAGUAAAUGAAUACACAUUGUUGGCUGUUUGUUAAGUAAAUGGAGUGCUCACGAGGUUAUAUGUUGUUAUAGAUGUAUUCGUUAUGUUAUGGCAAACAAAUAAGCAAAUUCAUCCUAAACGAUUGCACGUGUGAUAUAUAUGAUUUGCUGCUUCGGUGAUAUUCACGUUUCUCACUGUUUAGUUGAACUUUGUAAGUAUGCUCGCAAUAAACCUAUCGCAGAUCUGUCAACUUGCACGAUGAGGUUUUCAUGCUCGGGAUCACAAUGUAUUGUGCGUUUGCACGUGAAUUCUAGCGAAUCUGGUGAGUCUGCUUCUAGAUCCAUCUAGCAUGGCUACCCACGUUCAACGUUUUAUAGACUUACGACAAUAAAGCUGUAUGGAGUUGAAAGGUCUGCGCGUAGAACUACCGGUUGGUCGACUAGUCUUAUAACGAAGAAGUUCAAUUGUGAAUAUAUUAUGUACUAGACAUAAGGUGGCGGCAGUCCGGAGGACAUAUGCUGUACAUGUCAAAUCUGGUCGGUUGUUUGUGUGUGUAUGUGUUGGUGCUAGAAUCUAUACAUUGAUAAUGAACCCUAGCGAUAUAGUAGCGUGUAUCUUUUGCAUGUACGUUAUUUCAUUCAUUUGCCAUGGAUUAGUUGAGAUGUUGAUUAAACAAAAAUUAUAUCACUACUACUAGUGAAA